AUGACCUGGUUCUCCCGGGCGGCACCAAGCGCCGCCGACCCGAGGGGGAGGCAACCACCCCAGCUAAGGAGGAGGCGCGGGCCGUACCAAGCGCACCCUCGACGCGGGGGGCAACCCGGCGAGCGCGGGCGGAGGAACGCGACGAGCGUCCGCUCGCGCCGCCGCUCUAAAGCUGUGGGCCGUACCACGCGGGAGGCGUGCAAGGGAGCGGGAGAGGGUGGAGCAAGGACCCAAUUGAGGGGGGCUGCCUGCUGGCCGGGCGCGGUCCGCAGUGCUGGCUCGACUCUUGCGACACCAGAAGGUCACACGCCUCACACUUCCACUCCCGCAGGCCUCGGCCCUUUGGCCCCUGGGCCUGGAGCCUCUCCUGACCGGUUGCCUCACCCCGCGUCGAAUGCGGGCAGCUUCGUGGAAUGCAAACUCGCGUCGGAGAUCCUAACGGCCUGGCCCCUGCCUCUUCGGCGCCUUACUCCUUUGAAUCGGCUGGAGUUACCCCCUUUGCGUGGCCCUGAUUCCGGCUUCACUGAGAAAGUGAAAAACAUCCAACUCCAGCACCCUCUGCCACGCUUCUCAAACUUGAAACUAGACAGAGGCAAGACAGAAAAAGUCAAAAUUUCAUCUUUCAGAUUUGAGAAUCUAUAAAA